AUGGACCUCGAUCUGAUUGUAAAGAACGCGACGAUUGUCACGGCCGCAGAGAUCCUUCAACCAGGGCUUUCAAUCGGUGUGAAAUCGGGCAAAAUCAUCGCAAUCGCUCUAGACUUAAUCGCCGGCCCUCAUACCAAAGUCAUCGACGCGGAAGGCGCCUACGUGACUCCCGGUGGCGUCGAUUCUCACGUUCAUCUGCACCAAGACAAUGCUCCAACCGGCGACAAAUGGCUUUCUGGAUCACGCUCUGCACUGGCUGGCGGAAACACCACGAUUCUGGCAUUUGCCUCGCAGAAACGGACGGACGAGUCCUUAUUUCCCGUUCUGGAAGAAUACCACAAUCGCUCCAGAGGACAAAGUUACGUCGACUAUGGAUUCCACUUCAUUCUGACCCGGCCCAGCGAGACAAUUCUCCAGGAGGAACUGAAGGCCAUGGUCGAGCAGGAGGGCAUCACCAGUGUGAAGCUCUAUAUGACCUAUCCAGCCAUGAAACUGGGCGAUAUCGACAUGUUAGAGAUCAUGAUGCGAGCCAGGAAACUAGGGAUGUCCACCAUGAUUCAUGCCGAGAACAGUGACAUGAUUGACCUGAUAACCACCCGUCUUCUCAAAAGCUCUCAUACGCUUCCCAAAUACCAUGCCAUCGCGCGCCCUCAGAUCGCUGAAUCCGAAGCAACCCAUCGCGCCAUAUCCCUGUCCACUCUGACCUCUACACCCAUUCUGAUUGUGCAUAUGUCCUCGUCCGUUGCGCUCUCUCACGCUCGGAAGGCCCAGUCCAAAGCUCUCUUACCUGUCCACGCCGAAACAUGCCCUCAUUAUAUGUAUCUGCUCUCCUCAAACCUUGCUGCGACCAGUAUUUCUCACACCGACGAACACGGCCACACCCACUCGACCGAGGACAAAUGGGCUGGGUCACGCCAUGUAUGCGCUCCUCCCCUGCGCCAUUCCGAGUCCGACUUGCAGAGUGUUUGGGAUAGUGUGAACAACGGCACCAUCACCGUCAUCUCCUCCGACCACGCGCCCACACUCUACAAUUCCCCUGCGGGCAAAAGGAAGCCUCUUGCCGAUGCCCAAGUCACCAACUCCGUGCCGACUUUUGCGCAGAUCCCGAAUGGUUUACCGGGAUUGGAAACACGACUUCCGAUUCUUUUUUCUGCAGCUACUUCCCCUUUUGCUCCUGAGGGUCGGACACUCUCACUUCCGAGAUUCGUCGAACUGACAUCGUUCAAUCCGGCCAAAAUGUACGGUCUCGGCGGAGAAAAGGGCAGUAUCGCGCCCGGCUACGAUGCGGACCUGGUUAUUUGGUACCCAUCCGGCCACCCGGACGCAGAGACGACGAUCACGAACGGUAUCUUGCAUCAUAGUAUCGAUUACACGCCAUUUGAGGGCAUGAAGGUGUGUAAUUGGCCCAGGUACGUGUUGUUGCGGGGCGAUGUCAAAUGGGAUCGCAAUGUGGAAUUACGAGACGGGCAUGGGAAAGGAAUUUUAGGACAGCAAACGGAUGGGAGAUUCUUGAAAAGAGGGAAAGGAAAUGUCCUAAUGGGGAGGGUCGGGAAGACGCCAGCGGGGAUGUUGGAAGGGGAGAGGGAGACGUGGAUGUAA